UCUCGUUAUAUUAAUGUUCAACGUUUGGGUGGCAUUGUAACUUAUAACUUGUUAUCUUGACUCUUGGGUGUGUUGUAGCGACGUACUUCCUCAUUAGAGCAGGCUACCUCUCUCCAUUCUCCUUAGCUUAGGUUGAUUGACUAUGGCGUCAGAGGAGACAGGUCUGCCUUUGGACUCAGCUGAGAACCUGGAGGACAGGAGAGCACAGGAGCAUAGAUCUACAGAGGGGCCAAAGACAGAGGUCCCAGCCAGUCCCAGCCAAGAUGGACCUCAGGUGACAGCAGGCCAGGAGGAGGGAGCAGGUGUCUGUCAGUUCUUCUUGUUGGGAAAGUGUCGUUUUGGAAACAGGUGUCGUCGAUCUCACAGCACUCCAACAUUAGACGACCCAGAGGCUGUUAUAGACCAGGAAAACAGGAAGGAGGAUGGAGAAAAGGAGGGAAAACUCAAGAAGAAAGCAAAAGGCAGUAAAACAAACCAGCCAAAAGACACAGAGGGAAAAGAAUCAACCAAGAAGCCCCGCAUGCGCACAGCCGAUGACGUCAUCUCGCGGAUCCUGUGGGACCCGUCGGUGGAGGCGGCAGACUUCGUGGUGGGGUACGUGGACCGCUUCCUUGGGGUGCUGGAGCGCCCCUUCUCUGAGUUCAACUGGGAUGCCGACCCCUGCGACUGUGACUACUCCUCUGAGCUAGCCCUGCCCAGACACAGGAUCCAGUACUUCACCCAUAGAGGGCGUAGAGUCUGGGACCGCAACAACAGAACUGACACGGUGUUUGGAUCCACUGGACAGCGUCUGGCGCCCCCCUUUGGGCAGGAGGAGGAGCAAGAGCAGGGAACAGGGACACAAGAUGUUGAACAACAAGACUUAAGAGAAGAACAAGAUGGCGUCAUCACUACAGAGGAGGGAGAAGAGCGUGAAGAGUACCUGAUAAAACAGGAUGUUGAAAACGGACACUUGGAGGAAAGAAAUCAGAGCAAGACAAGUGUUCAGAUGCCUGAGGUGAUCAGACCAGGCACAGGAAGUACUCCACUGAACCAACAGGAAGUAGGAAGAGAAUCAGAACCCUCGGAAGAGGAGGUUAGGAAGGAUUCCGUUUUAGUCGUCAUAGCAGACCAGAUCUCUCUAUCCCAGAGAGAAAGAGAGAGCAGGGGGGAGGAAGGUGAGGAGGAAAAAUGGAAAGAUUACUGGGAUGCAGAGAAAGGCCCAGACCUAGCCCAGUGUCCGUCUGUGCCUCUGGAGCAGAGAACAGAGAAGGGUGGAGGCCGGCCUUCCAAACGUAAGCCCACCCACUUCAUCACCUUCCGGGCCAACACUCCCUCCAUCCUCUCCUCCUUCCAGCGCCUUCAGGAGGAGCUCACCUCCCUCCUCCCCUUAUCUGCCCCUCACUGGUUGCCCCCCUCCUCCCUCCAUGUCACCCUCUGUCUCCUGGUCCUCCCCGGCCCAGCCGAGGUCACCGCCGCUGGGGAGAUGCUCCAACGCUUCGCUUACCUGGACCGCAACCCCCCCGUGGCCGUCUCUUUCCCCCUGAAACUGAAGCACUUUGGUGGGAAGGUUCUCUACCUGAGCCCCCAGCCUCAGCCUCACCUCCAGCAGCUGAACGCUGGCCUACAGGAGGCCUUCAGAGAGCAGGGCUGGCUGCACAGGGACUCCUUCACACCACGCUACCACCUCACCCUGGCCAAGGUGAAGGACAGGGAGGGAGCGAGGGUGUUUGAGGGGGUGGGGGAGCUGAAGGUGGGUAAGGGGGUGAAUUUUGGGCGACUGCCUAUAAAUAGGCUGCACCUGUGUAGCAUGGGGAUGACUGGGGAUGGGUUUUAUGAGACACUGUGUUUGGUCAAUCUCCGGUAAAAUGGAGGUGUGUGUUUGUUUAGGUAGGGAGGUGCUCUUUUACAGAGCUACAUUUGCACAGAAGAACCCACAUUUCCACACCUCACAGUCUCCAUGGUUUCACAUUUAAAGGUGCAAUAUGCAGAAAUCGCUCCACCAUUUCCUGGUUGCUAAAAUUCAAAUAGUUUGCCUAAUUUCAG